AUGAUGAAAUUUGGAUCGAGUGUCUCUGCAUCAUGGUUGUUGAUGCGUAGGGCCAGCACUGGUCGGAACAACAAGUCUGUGGUAUCAUAUUUCGGAAAAUGGUGUAGUGCCCAUCCUCCUAUGAAUUUAUGGCUUCCAUUUCAUCCAAUCAUCAUGAUGACCAAUGAGUAUCAUAUUUCAACAAAUAUUCAACGUCAUAAGAAACUGUCUUCAUCGCCUCCGACUGUUAAACAAUUAAUAUUACAAUCGGAAAAGAAAAAAGAAACCUCUGAUGGAGUGAAACUCAAGAAGAAAGGCGAACUCACCUAUACGCCUGAAGAAAAGAGUAAAUAUUUUCAACAAAUUAUAUUUCCACUCCGAAAAGCGUUAAAAGAAAAAGACAUUGAUAAAUGUAUAUGGUAUUUUGAGAAGGAGGCUCCAAAGUAUUUUGUAUCAAUUCCGUUGGAGGAAUCUAACGAAUAUCUCAAUUUACUUGCUGGCGUCGGAAAUUUCAGGAAAGCAUUUGAAUAUUACAGUAAAUUGUUUGAAAAGUGCUCAUUAAAAGGAGGAACCAAACCUGACAUCAACACCAUAGAAAUUUUAUUCUUUGCAGCUAAGCAAAAUAGAGAUCUUCCUACCUUGCGAGUUUUGAAAAAGUUAGAAAUUGUAAUUUUUGAAGAUUUGAAUGUGUUAAAGCUAAAAGUGAAUAGCAAAAUUCUUCACGACUUGAUUGCUGUACUUGUCUAUGGAAUACGCAACAAUGAGAGCAAAAACCACAAUGAAUUAAUGGCUGUUCUGCGUGGAGAAGCGAUUGAUGAGAAAUUAUCCAAGUUUACUCCAGAUACUAUGAUUGAACUGUACAACAAUACCAAACACAAAAGCAAAUUCGUUCACACGUAUAUGGUUCAAUAUUUGCAUUUGAUAGGGAAAUUUGAGCAAAUUUUUAUAAUUUACGACGAACUGAAAAAAGAAGAAAAAUUAGAUGCCUUAGAUAUCAAGUUUUAUAAUGCCCUAUUAAUGAGCUUAAUUAAUCACAGGUUUUCGACUCAUGAAGACGUUUUAUUUAUGUUUGAAAUCUAUCGAGAAAUUGUGGAAGUAGGUGGAUGUCAACCAACCUGCCACACUUUUAACAUGAUACUUUCUGCGCUGAAAACUGCCAAUGAGAAGCAGCUAUUCAUUAGCAAGGAGGAGUACCGAGAAAAGGUGUCAGGUCUUUUUAAAGAAAUCAAGUUUAGAUUGAAUCCAGCUGAUAUUGAUCCUCCUCUAUUGAACUUGCUCUCCCAAUCGUUAAGCUUUGUUGGCAUGCUUAAAGAAUCAAGGGAUUUAAUCUCCGCUCAACCUCUCAACAUAACACCCCUUACUGUUCAAUAUCUAUUGCGAAAGUCCAUUAUUAAGGAAUGUGAAACUCUCAACGAUUUUAAAGCAAAUAUUCAACCCCUAUUGGCUUUGCUUUUAGAUAAGGCUUAUGAGAUGAAACCAGAGUUGUUGAACUUUUUGGUUUUGAGAAUGCUUGAAACCCACAAGUCACAUAAGGUUAUUGAGGCCCUUUGUGAGUACUGCUUGAAGCACUUUGGUCUUAGAGUGACGAUCGACCCAAGAGCGGUGGACAAAACAAAACAAGAGUUUGUUUUUCGCUUGAGCAAAAUAAAUAUUUAG